UUCAAACUGCAGCAGAUUGCGGAUCAAUUCUGGAAUGCGGGGUCAAUCGCCCUCACCUCCUCGGCUUGUCUGUCGGGUCAUUCGGGUGCUGAUCUCGAACCCGUAUCUUAGAUAUGACCAGCGGGCCCGCAUCCGACGUCGUUGAUAAUAGCACCUAGACGCCCGCCAUGCCACGCCCCAAGGUCCAUCCUUCUAAUCGUCUGCGAGCAUUCGAGGCUUGCCUUUUCUGCAGAACAUCCAAGAAGCGCUGUACAGGAUCAUUUCCAUGUCCCAACUGCAUCCAUAGAGGACGAGCCGAUUCCUGCGUUCCGUCGAAGAAAACGGGCCCGAGCCAUCAGAGCCGCCCUUCGUUUACAUCUCCGUCGUCAAAUGCCGCUGAUUUACAGACCUCUGCUGCGACCCCAGCUUCCAGGGCCCAAGUGACCGCUGGAUUUAGUCCACACAAUGAAGCGUACCCACCGAUUCACAGUUCAAGCCCACAACCCAAUGUGUCGGCUCGUACACCCAUCGAACCGGGACCGGGAUCACCAGAAGCUCAGCACAGGACCCACCCCCGGAUGCUGCGUAGCUUGCAGGGUGAACGAGUCUUCGUGGGGAAAGCCGCCUCGUUGUCUUUUCUACAGUUGCUCCGGGAUACGAUCACUCAGCACAUCGGACCAUCCCAAUUCUCGCAUAAUGUAAGAAGCGAUGAUAUGCUCGAGACUGAGACGCCGCAUGAUGUUCCAUCGGAUUUUGAGGAUCGAUUGGAUCGGGACCAGAAGCUGGCAUUCGUUCGGGCCUACCGCAUAGCGACAAGCGGAUUCAUCGAUGCUGUUCCAGACUCAGAGGCAACGGAAAUACUAAACGAAUCGAGCCACGCCAGCACAGACCCGAAUAAUACCAGGACAGCAUUGAAAGAUGUCAUGGUUGCGAUUGGGGCGCAGUCAUGUAAGAGCUACCCUAUAGCGAUUCAGACAGAACGCUUCUUCUUCGCUCGAGGGCAGCGCAGGGCGUUUGCCAGCAUGCUGGAGAAUCCGAGUUUGGAGCUGGUUCGCUUGUUUCUCUUGAUGGCAUUCUAUAUGCUUGGAGCCUGUCGGAGAAAUGCUGCAUUCAUGUACCUGGGUGUGGCCGCUCGUGCUUCCGUGGCAUUGGGUCUUCACCAGACCGAUUCUUCUGGAUUGUUAUCCAUGAUCGAACAAAACCAGAGAUCGCAGGUAUGGAUGAGCGUUUGCGUCUUGGACUUCCUCGUCAGCUCAAUUCUCGGGCGACCAUCUGCGACUGCGACCUUACGUUCCGAGACAGGGGAUAUUUCUCUCGACAUGACCAGGCAAAGUAACACGAGAGAGUUGAGCCUGGUUGCCUCGUAUCAUAUGUCGCUCAUACUCGAGGAGAUAAUCACGCAGUUAUACAGCGAAAAAGCUGCUUCCGCGGAGGUCGCAGAAGCUUUGCUAGAGAAGCUCAAGCGAUGGAGCGAUAACCUACCAGCACCAUUACUCACGACUCCAAGGUCGGGACAUGAGCUCUUUGCCGCCCAGGAGCGUAUCAUAGGGAGCUUGCAUGUUGCUUGCUCGUACCAUUUUGCCGUCAUUAUAGUCACGCGGCCGUUUUUGAUAUCGGCCCUCAGCAUUCGACUGGCUCGGUUGCAUCAAGAUCUGUCAGAGACGACACUUGACCGAUUACCUGAGGAGGAUCCAGCACACUCCAGAUUGGCUACUGGAUGUAUUGACUCGGCUAUAUACAUGAUACAAACUUGUUUGGAAAUCCACAGAUCCCACUUACUGCUAGGAAACAUGUGCAUUCUAAAGGCAUUCGUCUUCGCCGCAGCAUUGACCCUCGGGUUCUCCAUGUUCUCCCAAAUGGAAGUAGAUUCAACAUGGGAAGAAGCAUUCAACGGCGCAACCGAAAUCCUCCGCAUAUUCUCCCAACAAUCCGCCCAAGCGGCACACUACUCCGAUAUUCUCACAUCGCUGGCAAACGCCAUCGCCGAACAGCGCCAGCGACUAACCUCACACAGACGACAAAGCCGAAGCCGCUAUGUUAGCAAGUUAUUCACCCUGGAUGGGCGAAGACCCUCCUCCCCCGAACAGCCUAGAACCCAAGAAAUUGGAUUCUCGCCCAUGCCGAUACAAAGUAAUAUGUUUUAUCCGUGGAUGCAAGGCGAUCCAGAUCUAGAUAGUGUUUUGUCGGGCUGGGAUGGUAUGGAGUUGCCUCUAUGGGAUAGUUUCCCGUUUACGGUUGAGUCUUUUCAACUGCAGGAUAGAUCGAACGAGACGCCAACGGGAUUGUGAUUUCAUCCAAAUUCCUCAUCUUGUGGCAUGUACAUUCUCUGCUACUUUGUAUUCAUUCAGAUAACCAAGAAUGGAUUCCUAGACCAUUAUAACUACGUUAUUAUUAAUGACCAAUGCCAAAUUCAACUGUAAACGCC